AUGAUUCAGCGAAAGAGUCCGCUUGCAAUAAAAAAAAUCGACGACGAGCUUUGUAUGGCUUUCAAUAAAAAGCAACAAAUUCGUGGUAUACGAAUUCUUCUUACUGUUUUCUAUGGUUUUCUUCUAUCAAGCACACUAUUCCGUUAUGUUAUUCAUGGAAUUGUCGAAACGAUACGGCGACCUACUAAUCCGUAUGCAAUUACAAUGAUCGUUAUUGGAGGUUUAAUCCUCAUCUCAAUUUUUCUCGCUACUUACGCAACCUGGUUCGAUAAUACUGCAAUAUUAUUAGUUUCGGGAGUCGUACUUAUAUUUGUAUUCGUUCUGACAUUAGUAUUCGGUAUCAUACGUAUUGUUAAAACCGCGCCAAAUCGUGUGACAACCUCAACACAAGCUUCAGCUGUCUUGACCAAUUCACCCGAAGGGGAAAAUUUCGCAACGUCGACAAUAGCCAAUGAGUUUCAAAGCAGUUCGGAUACUUACGCUCUAGCUGAAGACAUAACAAAGUUAAUCAUUGAAUUAAUUUUUACACUUUUUGCAAUUUUGGCUACAUUUGCUCUAUUUCGUUAUGUCAAAGCAAAGUAUGCUUCUGUACCAACACGUGAAACAUCAUAA